AUGGCAAUUUUGGUAUUGAGUGAUCCUCAAAAGAGGGUGAUUUAUGAUCAGCAAGGAGAGGAAGGUUUGAAACAUAUGCCACCACCUGGGAAUGAACCAACAAAUGGAUUUAACCCAAGAAAUGCAGAGGAUAUCUUUGAAGAGUUCUAUGGAGACAACCCUUUUGGAUUUGGAUCAUCUGGACCUCAUGGAAGGUCCAGGUUCCAAACUGAGGGAGGCGGAUCAUUCAGCGGAUUCCAUGCGCCGCUGAAGAAGCCGCCUCCUGUCGAGAGCAAGUUGGCAUGUAGUUUGGAAGAGUUAUACAUGGGUUCCACAAGAAAAAUGAAGAUCUCAAGGAUUGUUAUGGAUGCUAAUGGGUGA